CCACGGCGCACAAAGCAACGGCACCGCGAUGCCAGGCGUCGAGCCCUCGCCACGCUAGUGACCGCGACUGCUGCCACCUCAGACGAGACAAAAUAUGUGAUAGCAGUGCAUGUGACAACGUAACUGUAGUGUUUCUUUUCACAAUACUUAACUUCCGCUAACAUGUACAAGACGGUGCGGCAUGGCGAGAACAGCCUGCAGUACACCAUCCUGCCGCAAACUGAGGAGGUGCUCAACAACAGCGGCCUUAAAGGCAAAGGCCGUGAUUAUAGCCCCUCGAUCCAUGUUCGACACUCUCGGAAAAGAUCGUCAGUGAAAUAUAUUCUGCUUGUGAUAUUCGGUAUAAUAGUAGCGUUGGCGUUGGCAUCUAUUCCACUUUAUGUUAUGAACGGAGCCCUGUACGCUCGCAGGAGCCAGCAAGACGUGAUUACGUCUUCGCCUCAUACGCCAGGUGGAAGGGAUAUAGUGAAGUCGCGCAAAAAGGACCUUAAGGAGAUAUCGUCAGAAGUGCUCUCAACACUAAUAUCAAAACUUGAAACCACGUCGACUACUGCAUCUCCCACCACUGCAUCCACUACAGUUGCUACAACUGUAGUUAGUGAAAGAGCAACGACGCCUCCAUGGACUAUGCCCGCUCUAAGGUCGUGGAAAAGCUCGACAUCUUCUACAACUAUUCCUCCUAUUCCAACUGAAGAUAACGAGGAGAUUCCCCUUAUAGGCACUCCCUCUGGUAGCAUUCGACGUCUCGAUCAGUACAUGUCGAAUAAACCAUGGGGGACAAAUAGUAAUAAUGUAAUACCACUAAAACCUACUGUAACACCUGAACCAACAGUGCGGAAUAUGUAUAGAUACUACUCUCGGUCAUUCGUUCCGUCAGUUAAAACACCAACUGAUCCUCCAAAAGUGUUUGAGGAAGUUGUGCUAAUUACUACGAAGGGUACUACGACGCGUGCCCCUGUGACGACCGAGAUCGCGACCACCAGUGACAGCUCAAGAAUGAGUGAAGAAUGGAAGGACACUCUGCUAUCGGUUGAUGAUGACGAGACUUUCAAGUCAUUGGAAGUGGAUGAGGUGUUCUCCCUUCCGCCGCUGAAGCCGAACACCGCGGCCGACGGUGACGAAGUGACGGUGUCCAAGGCGGGUGACGGUGCUUGGUACGGGGCACGGUGGCCUUUCGUGGACACGUCAUCAUACUUUCAAUGGACGGGCUACUCCCCCGGCGACAACCUGCUGCUGCCGCUUCUGGUCGCGGCGCUAUCAUCAAUCGCGCUAGUCUUGUUGCUGGCGCUCGCUGUGCGCAAACGGAAGCGCAGCCACACCGCCUCAGCGAUUGGGCUGACCUCGGACCUGCAGGCAGACGACAACACGAACCUGCUCACGGCUGAAAAUCCGGAGGACGCAGAGGAGUGAGCUCCGAGUCACCGCGCUUCAAGCUUCUUCGAUCCAUCCUAGAAUGCUUCUGUACAUAUCGUGGGUAAGCACACGGGUAUCGUGGGUGGGCUACCGCAAGUCGAAAUUUGAAAGUCGUCUUUUUGCCUCUAGCUUAUUAGAGCGAUAGGUAGCUAGAUGCAAAUAGAAGAACGAAGUAGUUCGCGGUUAUAACCCAGGGUAUCUGCACUCAACUUCUUUUGUGUACGUACACAAAGGGAGAAACAAAAUAUGUCAAAGAUGUGCUUACAGCUAAGUUGUAAGUGACAUAAUAUACUCUUACCGAGUGCAGUAUCUGUGACGUUAUCCAUACAGCAGACGCACAUGUUAGUGUUAACUACUGUAGGUAUAUCAUCUGUGGCACGGCGCAGCUUGCAAGCCGGGGACUGAAAAACCGCAAAAGUCCUGUAACAGUAACCCAAAAUAAAGGUAUCAAUUGAAUAGGUAUCCAACAGUAAUGGUACCCGAAUAAAACAUCAAAAGUCCGAUAACCUAAAAUAAAGGAAUGCAAGCAAUGUCUCGGAGUUGGAACUGUAAGGUAGAGAUUGUUAAGAAGUCCUAUAAUCACGGUUGGUAAUCGGACGCAGAAAGGCUGAAACAUUAUUACAACACCCGCCUCUUCUAUGUUAACACAACACAGACAUAGUUAAUGAAAUAGGGACGUAGGCUGUCCUCGAUUGUACACGAUGCAUUCGCGCACUUUGUAAUGAUUUAGCUGCCAUAGAUUUGUUGGAGGUGUAUCCUCUGACGUACAUAACGGUCAUAUUUAAAGUUUCAGUGCCUAUUGUUUGUAUAUAAAAUGUACCUACGUUCGGAGGUCUCCGUGCCGGCCAAGGACUUCAUAUUCAGAGAUACGAUAUAAUAUGUAAGUAUAUUUUGUAUUCACAUUAGAUAUUGGACUGUAAAUUAGGUAUGCGUCAAAUGCCAAAGUCGCUAACUUAUUUUUGUUACAAAAUAUAAUCUAUAAAUAUUUAUUGAAUGUCAUUUGCCAUCCUAUUAAGAAGUAUUAUUACUAGAUAUUAUAGUAGAAUACUGAUGAGCUUGCUAGUAACUUUAUUGUACGGGGCUUAUCACAAUUUGUAUGAUUCCUUUUAAGAUACCUUCAUUAGUAGCCUCUUUCGUACCCCUAUGAUAAUGUUUAUAGGACCUACCUUAGAAGUUAGAUAAUUCUCAAUAAUUAUUAAAUUGCUAGGUUUUCUAUUUAUUGUCAUUGAUUAACUUUUGAUUGAGAUAAAUUAUAAUGGAUGCUACCUACUAAAAUAAUUAACUAAUACAAUAAAGGAACAAAACUACACCCAAUCACUUUAUAUGAAAAGGUAGGUAUUUACUCUUGAUCGUAGUACAAUUAUUGAUACGUAAACUUAUACACCUAUCACCAGCACCUAAUUCAACAGUACCUAUUAAGUAUUCAACAAGUAUAUGGAAAAUGCAAUUCACACAGCAUGUACUAUGUAUAUCAUAUCUCUGAAGGUUCAAUUGUAUGACUCGUCAGUAUUAUAAUAACCCUGUGGUAUUACCUUGACGCUAAACAUGCAAUACUAUUUAAGUUAUUUAAUCGGUACACUAAAUAAAAAAUCCGAAUAUUUUUUUUCUGAAAGUAUCAUUGAGAAAACCAUGUUUUAUAGAAUAAUGUUAAACUCGCUUAUAUUUUCUGCUAUAUAUCCAUGACAAUAUUUCCCUUUAGCAAAGUGGUUUAUGGAAACAGAGAAGUAUACUUUUGGAGAAAAAACUUUUCGGAUUUUUUGAGUGUUCCCCUAUUUAUUUUAAUUGUAGUCGGAUGAUAGGAUAAGGCGAAAAUAUCAAUCUCGGUGUACCUAAUAAUAUUGUACCGUUUAAACGUCAUCUUAUUAUUCUAUUAUAUUCUUUUAACUUUAUUAUUCUUCAAUAAAAAUAUUUUUAAUAUAGACAUAAGACUGAUAUAGGAUUGCGUUUACAUUAUUUUGAUGUUAUUAGAUAGUAGCGAUUCGUUGAAAAUAUUUUUUAUAACGGCACUAUUUGUUUCAAUUGUUUUUUCAGCAAUGCGUUUUUCGUGUGCUAUAUAUUUAAUGUAAAUCUAUUUAUAUGUAUGUACUUCAGUGUUAGAAUAUGAGUGAAGAUCGAGGGGAGGCGAGUGGGAUUGUGUAGGACUAAAUAGUUAGAUAUUCAAAUGUGAUACCUGUGUAGUAUCAUCGGAGACAAUGUGAUUACCCUGAAGACAGAACAGUCCAUCGGUCAAGACAAAGACCCCAUUCAAAACAUUAACGCGUUAUAUUGCGACAACCCGAUAUCAUUAAAUUUGUCAUUAAGAGUGACAUAUUUAGUAACAAACUCCGUAAUGUCACCAGUUAACUUUAAACGUCUUGAAUGGGGCCAUCGUCUUAUCCUAAAGUAGCCUUAAGUUGUGUAACAUUCUGAAUUCAAUGGAUGGAUGGAUGGAAUGGAUCACUAUAUCAAUCAUGCUAGCAAACAUUAUAUCUUGCAAAUGAUCGCACACAAAUGUAUCAAUAGCAAUAGGUAGUUGUUAUGUUCAAUUAGCUUUUGUGACGACAUUGUGUUCUGUGAAGCUAUGCGCGUAACUUUUAUAUACGCCGUUGUUUUUACACCCACCAUGUACAUAAAGUAAUGAAAUAAACUGUGUUUUCCCACCUUAAAA